GCUAAAAGCCAGUUAGCUGCCUAUCGAUUGGUAUGCCUUCCAUUUGUGUUUGAACUUUUUUUUGUUUCACUAACAGCGCAAGCCAAAUAGCACUUGAAAAUGACUCAAAAUGUUCGGACAACACAUUGACUCAACAAACAAACCAACAGCAAUGCAAUAUUUUCUAACUCCAGAUUAAGGAACAUGUUCACUUCGUAAUUUCAUCACUUAAUGUCGCAACUUUAUUUUUCUACUGCUAGUUGAAGAUUUUGAAAACGAGAAAAUGAAAUCAAAAAUUUCAAUUAGCUUUCUAGUUCCGACCAGCAUAGCUGUUUUAUUAACCAUUUUGGUAGCUCUAUCCGAAUUAUCACUAGAAACAUAUGCCAAAUCUUCAAUUCCGACAGAAGCCAGAGUAUCUGGCAGGGGAUUUGGGGACAAAACAGACUGGGUCACUCUGGACUAUGCUAAGAAGCAUUCGAGUGAGAAGCCAAUCAUGAUUCUGGUGCACAAGACGUGGUGUGGUGCGUGCAAGAGACUGAAACCUAUAGUUGCUGCUUCUAAGAAGAUCCAGAAAUUGAGUAAACAUUUCCACAUGGUGAACUUGGAGAACAAAGAGGAGCCGGAGGAGCCUCAGUUCAAACCAGACGGGGGAUAUGUGCCACGCAUUCUCUUCACAGACAAGAGCGGAAAGAUAAACCCUAAUGUGAUGAACCCGCGGAGACAGACCAAGCACAAGUUCUUCUACCCAGGAGUGGAUGAAAUAGUUGAGGGCAUGAACAAGGCAGUCACUUUUUGGGACGCGAAGAGCAAAACUGAGUUAUAAGUUAAUCAAUUUGAAUAAUAUUUAAUUCAUACCUACCGUGAAAAAUAAAUUGUAUCUUUUGGGAUAAAACUACCGCUCAUGUUCUAUGUUCUAAAUACAGUUUUUCUGAAGACAUUAAAUUGGUCAAACAACAGCUGAAAUCAAAAAUAAAUAUGUCAAUAAAAAUGUUAAAAUCACAAUUUAUGUAAAUUGUGCGUCAUCAAAUUUGCAUUCAAUGUCAUCCCCAGUAACCUCAGAAUGCAAA